CUCGGUGCGCCCCAGCCAAUUUUCGUCCAGAAGCUGCUCUUCUUGGAUACCUGCUCGCAGGACGCUCUUCCCCAGCUGCGGACGAAAACUCGAAACAUCACAAUGGCAAAUAAACCUAUCCUCCACUACUUUAACGGAAGGGGCAGAAUGGAAUCCAUUAGAUGGCUCUUAGCAGCAGCUGGAGUGGAGUUUGAAGAACAAUUUUUUGAAACAAAAGAACAAUUAGAAAAGUUAAGAGCAACUGCCCUGCUGUUCCAACAAGUGCCAAUGGUCGAAAUCGAUGGGAUGAAGCUGGUUCAGUGCAGAGCCAUUCUCCACUAUAUUGCUGAGAAACACAAUCUACUUGGGAAAGACCUGAAGGAGAGAGCGACGAUUAUCAUGUACUCAGAGGGAACCAUGGAUCUGAUGGAGCUACUCCUUAUGUACCCUUUCCUAAAAGGAGAACAGCAGAAGCAAAAACUCGAUGAAAUCACUAACAAGACCAAGAACAGAUACUUCCCUGCUUAUGAAAAGGUUUUAAAGACUCAUGGACAAAACUUUCUUGUGGGGAACCAGAUGAGCUUGGCAGAUGUACAACUGAUUGAAGCUAUUUUAAUGGUGGAAGAGACGAUCCCUGAUGCACUGUCUGGAUUUCCUUCACUCCAGGCAUUUAAAACUCGAAUGAGUAAUAUCCCAACAAUUAAGAAAUUUCUGGCCCCUGGCAGCAAGAGAAAGUCUGCUCCUGAUGCUAAAAGUGCGGAAAAUAUUAUGAAGAUCUUCCAGGGAUAAAACAGCAAACUCGCCCACGGAGAGAGAGAUUCUGUGUGUGAUUACUCUGUGAUUCUAGGACCCUUAAUGUCAGACUCCAAUCAUGCCAGUGCUCUAUGAGCCUUCUCUAGAUAUAGCUGCAGCCCAUAGCAUUUCAGAGGUGCCUAACAAAACCAGGAAUGGCAUAGGAGGCAAGGGAAGGGCACUAUCUCCAUUCUAAAUCUCUUCUUCUCCCAGUAAUCAAAGGAUUAGAAGGUCCUUUCUAAACACUUGACUUUGAGGUCUACAAUUCAAGCAGUGAUCUCUUGAUUUCUUGGCUUUCUGGGUUUCUCCACUUUAUCUUACUCUAAACCCUCCCUGGUUCCUCUGGUUCACUCUCUAAGCUUCAGGAUAUACAUGUCCUGAGCCUAAUCCUCCCCAUCUGUUCCCUGACCUGAGGGAGACCGCCACCAGCUAUAUGCCUCUUCACCUUCUAGAGUGACCUUGGGAGGAGGCCUUACCUAAACUGCCCCAGCACCUAAGACAUUGAGUACUUGCUGAAUUUUGUACCAUGCUUUUUGUGCUAAACAUAGCAUUUGAAGUUCUAAUAAAUAGUACAAUGUUACUUAAUGCUCCUGACCUGAGUCCCAAUUUCCUGCGCUGUGACAACAAAUGAAAUAGGCACCAAAUAAAGGCUUUCUCUUUAGA